CAGCUGCGCGCAAUAUCAAAGUACAAAAUCCGAUCAUAAAUGUGCUCGGAUGCGCUCUGUCUAAAACCAGAUUAGCAUAUUUAACGCAUAACUCGACCACUGAGAAGGCUCGCUGACCUCGACGAAAGAAGCAGUUCACAGACACACUUCGAUCGAGCGAUUGCUUAUAAAAAAACACGUCGAAAUGAAAGGAUUACAGGUCAAAAUAAAGCAAAAGCUUUGCCAAAAUUGUGAUAUCUCAUGGGCCACAUAUCUCCUGGUUGUUUUAUUCGGUGUCGGCUCGUGGGUGGCUGUAAACGGUAUUUGGGUAGAGUUGCCAGUUCUUGUUCAACAUGCUCCCGAAGCAUGGAAGCUGCCUUCGAUUUUUGCUGUGGUUAUUCAAAUCGCGAACAUUGGUCCGAUUCUACACACCGUUUUCAACGCGUUCUUUCCGGGAAAGGUCCGUGAUACAAUAGUUAUUUACGUUAUACUCGUUUUGGGGAUUAUCGCAUGUGCUUUGCUGGGAUUUUUAUGGCAGAAAACUGGUUUCAUCGCAGGAAAUGAAUACAGCGUUGCUUUAAUAGGCUUGGUCUUUUGUCUUGCUUUUGUGGACUGUACAUCCAGUGUGACUUUCCUGCCGUUCAUGGCAGCUUUCAGGAAUGAGUAUAUGUCCGCUUUGUUCGUCGGUGCAGGCUUGAGCGCUCUUCUUCCGAGUCUACUUGCUUUGGCACAAGCUAUUCCUGAUGGCGGCGACCCAUGUGCCAACUACACCAGUUCAAACUCAUCCAGCUUCGACAGUUCAACGGCGUCUGAUGACUUAAAUUUUGGUACAAAUGUAUUCUUUUUCGGCGUAAUGUUAAUGAUGGUUGUUUCGUUGGGAGCUUUUGGUGGAUUGAACUGCUUGUCUUUUGUGAAACGGGAACGAAUUGACUUACAAUGGCACUUUGCAGAUAAGACUGCAAUACCGCGCGAAGCAUUGGCGGUUGAUUCUAGUCAGGAAUUUGAGCUUCAUAGCUCCAACGGAAAUGGCCAUUUUACAAGCGAUGAUGGCCCACAAAUUGGAUGCUGUCAACGUGUGAAUCAGCCAUCGCAACUUGCAUUUUUACUGGUGAUUCAAGUCUGGAUUCAUGCCUUCAGUAAUGGUGUGGUACCUUCAAUCCAACCCUAUGCUUGCAUACCUUAUGGGAAUCAUAUUUACUAUCUGACAUUAAUUAUCUCCAAUGUGGCCAACCCUUUAGCAAGCCUAUUGUUCUACUGGCUUCCAACAACUAAAAUCUUAUUCAUUGGAUUGCUGAGUGCCGUGUAUACAAGUUUGGUUGCGUAUAUUUUGUGUGUGGCAUCGCUAAGUUCCAAUCCACCAUUGGUGAAUGAUAAUAUUGGUGCUAUAGUCAUUGUUUUUAUAAAUGUUUUGAGUGUUGCUAUAGUCUCGUACACCAAAGUUGCAAUAUCAACAUGGAUGCAAAAACAAGGAGAGCGAUACUUGCGGUGGGCAGGUAUUGCUUUACAGUCGGGAUCCUUCUUUGGUGCAGUGACCAUAUUCAUCUUUGUGAACGUCCUCAAUAGCUUCUCACAAUGUUGAGAGUUAUUAUAAAAAGUGUUCUAGCACUACGUACAAAGCACUUGGAUAAAAGAUUUACUUCUGCCCGAUUGCUCAUGUAAAUAUGCUUGCAUUAAAGUAGCAACUUCCAUUUAUCAUCAAUCACAACAUUCGUAGCUGUGUGGGUAUAGAAAAGCCAUCUUUCUCAGAUAGAAUAUUUGUA